UUGACCACGCUUCUGGCGUUUCCAACCACAACAACAACUCUGCGAUCCCGUCUGCGCCUCAGUCUGCGCCGUCCGACGACACUUCCACCAUGGCUGCUACCACACCUACACCUGGUGCCGCCUUCGACAUGUGCAACAACCAAGAUCAAGCUCGUCAAGAUAACGACCCACAGCUCGGCCUCCUCGGUCGCCCUGUGCAGAAGCUUGUUCAACUGAUCAAGGAUCUGGAACAGCUUGGAGUGGAGACACGUAACCUGCCUUUGCCGAAGAUCGUCGUCGUUGGCGACCAGUCUGCUGGAAAGAGCUCUCUCAUUGAGGGUAUCAGCGGUAUCAAGGUCCCUCGUAGUGAUGGCACAUGCACAAGAUGCCCACUAGAGAUCACCUUGUUCUCUUCUGAAGACGCUGCCUGGUCCUGUAAGGUGUCGCUGCAACAGAGAUUCACCUUCGACUCCGAAGCUGACCCCGAUGGCCGCUACGGCAAGUGGCGCGAGGACCACUCCCCGACAACCACUGAGUUUGCCAUCGUCAACAGAAAGGAAGAGCUCGAGGGUGUUCUCAGCCGUGCUCAGCGCGCAACUCUGAACCCUGGCGACAACCCCUUCGAAUAUCUCAACGCACCAUCUUCUAUUGAUGAGAUGCCCAUGAAGGUCGAGUUCUCGCCCAACAAGGUGAUCCUGGCCAUCACGGCACCCGGCCAGCCUAGUCUGUCAUUCAUCGAUCUGCCAGGAGUCAUUCGUCAGAUGACACAAGCUAAAGACAAAUGGCUUGUCAAUCUGGUCGAGAAUUUUGUGGCAGACCACAUCAAGCAGGGAAACUCUCUGAUCCUGCUCGCACGCUCGAUGGAAUCGGAUUUCGCCAACUCAAGCGGAGCCGCGUUGAUCGACCAACACGAAGGUGCUCUUGCCCGUACGAUGGGUUGUCUUACCAAACCUGACCGCUGGCCUCUCGGCAGCAAGACUCAACUCAUUAAGAACGUCCUUCACGGUGACGCAUUUGCCGUUGGCCAUGGGUAUUUCGUCACCAAACAGCCCAACCAACUCGAACUCAAUAACAACAUCUCUGCCGACGAAGCACGCAGAUCGGAAGUUGAGUUCUUUGCUCAGAAUCCAUGGAACACAGAGCUACACGAUUUCCAGGACCGUUUUGGAACUUUUAAGCUUCGUGACACUUUGUCAGUCAAGCUGACCAAGCAGAUUCUUGUUACCUUGCCUAGAAUCACUAGAAUGGUGGAUGCUCGCGUCGAAGAGGUUGAAGCCGAACUCACCGGAUAUCCUGACCCGCCAGAAAACGCCUUGGGUAAAGUGCUCGAGGCAUUAACUACCUUCCGUAUCACGGUCGAGAAGCAUUCUCAAGGUGUUCAUCCCUACAACGAGAUGCACAACUCUCUUAAGGAUCUAGCCAACACCUUCCACGGAAACCUGCAGAAGCUCCGCCCUGGCCUUGUCGUUGCAACUCCCGAGCAGUUUCGCCAAGCCAUUGAGACUCCCACCUUCUCACUACUCUCUGACGAUGACGAAGCAGGCGGUACUCCUUGCCCCAGCUUGGAGAUGUCUAAGUCUAACAAGAAGAGAAGAGCCGAGUUGGACACACCUAUCGCUUCAACUGCAAAGAAGAUCAAAUCCGAUAUCGCUACUACGCCCAGAAACAGUUCCGCUCCUACAACCAACAAGAAGAUGUUCCGCCUCCUCGAGGUACGCGAAACUCUGUGCAAGCUUACGGCUUCGAGCGUUCCCGGCGAGGUUAACCCUCUCGCUGUCGACCAUCUUCGCAAACAGACUCUCGCCGGUUGGGAGCAGCCCAUGCUCGAAUUCAUCAACAGCGUUCAACAAGAAAUUCAGAGCACCUUGGACCAACUGCUCGAAGAGGCUUGUGCCCAAUGGCUCAACACCGCCUUCUUCAGCGAGGCUAGAAAGAUCGUCAAGGCUUUCGUAGCCAACACUAUGCGCAACCAACUACAGCAAGCAAAGCGCGCUUUGGACAUGGAACAACGCAAGCCUCUGACCUUGAACACUGAGGGGUUCAAACACCAUCAUGACAAGGAGCUCCAGAUCUUGCAGGACGGUCGUGCAACUCAGAGACUGGUCGAGAAGCUCGAGAACGCCGACCGUGCCGCCGGCAAGAUCAUGGUCGACCAAACCGAACGCAAGAAGAAGGCCAGAUCCGACACCAAGGCCAGAGCCGAGCUCGGAGACGACCCAUUCGCAGAGGAGAUCAAGGUGAUGGCCAAAGUCAGAGGCUAUCACAAUGUCGCUCUCCUUCGCUUCUUGGACCAUGUCGUCCAAGGUGUUCAGGCCGAGGUUCUCCACGAACUCGAGACCAACCUUAUGCCGCAUCUGAAGGCUGGCUUGGAGGUUGAGACCCGCGAUGCACAGGAGCGCUGCAAGGAGCUNUUGGCCGAAGAUCGCGAGCGCGAGAUCCGUCGCAAGGAGCUGCAGAAGGAGAGGACCAACUUCAUCGAGGCUCAGCGCAAGCUCGCUGCCAUCGGUCAGAUCGGAGAGGACGUUGCUUCGCUGACUGGCAAC